GAGGUAGAGCUGCCAGAAGAGCAGAGGCCAGGCCAGUUCAGAAUCUGCCAGCUCUCACUGAAGCCAGCUCUCCUUUCUCCACCAUGAAGGUCUCUGUCAUGCUUUUGUGCCUGCUGCUCACAGCUGCUGCCUUCAUCAUUCACACACAGGCCCAGCCAGAUGGGAUCAAUUCAUCCACAUGCUGCUAUGUCAAGAAACCAAAGAUCCCCAAGAAGUAUCUUGAGAGCUACAAAAAGAUCACCAGUAGUCACUGUCCCUGGGAAGCUGUGAUCUUCAAGACCAAGAAGGGUAUAGAACUCUGUACUAAAGCCGAUGAGCCGUGGGUCCAGGAUGCCAUGGAGUACUUGGACAGGAAAACCCAAACUCCAAAGCCUUGAAGACUCGUACCUGAACAGGAACCAACCCAGGAGACAAGAAACAAAAACUCUGCACCCUUGUCUUUUCUGAGAACUGUGCUAAGAUAGGCUGAUUCUACCUCUAAGGGGUAGAAGCUGUCUGAAGGAAUGUGAAGCAAUAACACUUAAGGAAUUAUCUCUAAGUUAUUAAUAUUUUAUUUAAUUUGCUGUGCACUUUGGUGUGAUUUGAAUGUAAAGCCCUGGACACCUCCCAUCACUUUAAUGUUGUUUUAUCUGCAGAAUGUUUCCCCCUUUACUUUGCUCUGGUAUUGUGAAGGGGCUUUGCAAGAAUUAGCACAGAGAUUUUGCUCCAAAGCAUUUAAGAUAAAAUCAUAAUGCUAUGAUA